AUGAGCUGUCUGCAGGACGGAAUCCGCUGUGUUUACGAAACAUCUCACAGUCAACCGAAUAGAAACGCCGGCGGUGUCAGCAGGUUUACUGUUCUAGAGCAACGGGUCGUUCAACUAGAGAAGGAGCUCGCUGACAUUCGCCAAGCGCCUCUAGCGCAGACCCGUACUCAACUUCCUCCUUCAGAACACCAGGCAGGCACGCAGCAGCCGCGUGGCAACACAUCUGGCAGACCGCUGGCCCAUCGAGACUCAUCACUCGAGGUCAGUGAUGAAGAAGCCAUCGUCGACACUCUUGCGACUGCUGCGUUUAGCCACGAACCUGAGAUUGGGAUUGGUCAUUUCGGUCCCAGCUCGAACCAUGGGUAUUUUCGUGCACUUUCGAACAUAUUUGCCCACCUCCCAGACGAUGGCAGCGCAGCAGAUCCUAAAUCCCUCCAUCGGUGGUCACUGGGCCACAUCACAGCUUCUGAGCGAUCUCCUUCCCGGAACUUGUUAGAGCAGCCACUCGAUCCAAUGGCAAUUCCGGACGAUACGACGGCAACCCUGCUCUUCAACCAUUUCUUUUCCGCCGUUUCCUGCACCAUACCAUAUGUGAGUCGACCUGUUGUGUUACAACGCUACGCCCGAGCAAGGAGUGAACGUUUCGUCCAGCUCAGCAGAGUGAGAAGAGCGUUUUUCAAUAUCAUAUGGGCACAUGGCGCAAGUUUCUCCGCAAUAGAAGACCCGGAGACAUUUUAUCGUCGGACUAUGGGACUUCUGAACAGCCUUACCGUUCGCGAAGCGGGUGAUGAGAUGAUCCGGCUCCUGCUUUUGAUUUGUAGCUAUCAGCAAAACCAUCAAAGAUCUGUAGCAAGCUGGACCUUCCACGCUUUGGCAGUCAAGGCGGCAUUUCAAUCAGGACUCCAUGCUCCUUCUACCUAUGAGGGUCUGGACGCUGACACCCACCAUUUGAGGCUCCAGUUGUGGUUCGGUGUGCUGAAUCACGACCGGUAA